AUGCUAAGUCCAGCCCGCUCGGGUCCAGCACUACAGCAAGUUCAAUUACAGCAGGUGCGCUUUAUCUCGCGAAGGAGAACUGCGUAUCCAUUCUAUGCAUUCAAAAGACUGGGUAAGCAACACCCAAAGAAGCAUGACAGUAAUCUGAAGUAUGCUAUGCGCCAGUUUUUGGGCCCAAAGAACUUCAAGGGUGAAUAUGUUUACAACAAGUACUACGGGGUGCCUCAGAACCACGAACCCAACUACAUAAUGCCGGAGAUCGAAAGAGGCCAGAGCUUGAAAGACAACGUGACCGGGGAGCAAUUGGCUAUUCAGACGGACGGCUCUAUUGCGCCUGCUCGCGUGGGUGCAGGACGUCCGCGCGAUCCCGUUUCCGGCAAGCGCAAGCUGCAACCGUUCCCUAGCAACAGGCAUUGUCUUACGAACCGUGUUUUGGGCGAAGAGCUCAAGCUACAAGUACACGACGACAUCCAAAACAAACACCUCUCAGCACAGGAGGUGUCCCAGAAAUAUGGCCUCAAAAUUCCCCGGGUGGAGGCCGCGGUCAAGUUGGUGGAACUCGAACAGAAAUGGGAAAAAUACAACCGCAUCGCGCCAAGCUUAAAGAGCAUGUCUUCCGUGCUUUACAAGAUGUUCCCGCUUUUCGUCCCUCGGGUCGAGGUUUCUAGGGAAAAUCUAUCUGAAAUUCCAGUUCCCGCGAAAGCGCUAAGGUCCAGGUUUAUGACUAUUGCAGAGUCCGAGCCUUUUGGGCCAAUCGACGCUGCUAAAGCCUUGGAACUGGAACCUGCCGCGGAGACCUUGGAAAAGCUUGCCACGCUGGGCGAACAUUCUGCUCACCACGCAUCAAGGUCUUCGGCACACAAGGAGAAAGUUAUUUACGGCGAGUUGUUGAAGGGCGAAAAGUCUUUGUUCAAGUUUGAAAACAAACAUGUCGGCAAAGUCGGGUUUCGUUAUGGUUCAGGUAAUCGCGACAGUAAAAAAGACCGUAAAAUCGGAUUUAAUGAACUUGGUAAGAUGGUGUAUUUGUGA